ACAGUUUUGAAAAAUGAAGAUCUUGAUCCCAGUAUUCACACUCAUUGUUUGCAUCACAUUACGUUUGGUACUUGUGGAAGGUGGAAAAAAUGAAGAAAAUGAGGAUCUCGCUGCUGAAUCUCUUUUCAACAAAAUUGCGGAUGGGAAAGAUCAUAUCACUGAACAAGACUUGAUCAAUUAUCAAUCAAGACGGGACAGAAUGCGAUUGGAUGGGAAUCUUGAAAGAGAACUGAGACGUGUACUAAGUUCAUGUCCUAGUCAACCAGUCGACUUGAAUGAAUUCAAGAGUAUAAUGAAUUCAAUGAGAAGAGAAUAAAGGAAGACUGCUACUGUUCAAUGAUACAGUUCAACUUUCAAGAAGAUGUAUGUCACCUCUUCGAUUUUCUAUAAUUAUUUGAGCUGAUUGGAAUUUUAAAUAAUAUAUAUUACAUUCAUGGCAUCUACACAGAUAAAUAAGAAUCAAACUCAUUGCAGAAACUUUUGUUUUUGGUUAUCUUAAUUCAAUUCUUCUUAUCCCUGAUUUUUCCCACUCAGGAAUUCGAGUCUCU